CACUGAUGCAGCCACCCAAUAAUUCUUAAUAGCAGCACCACAAUGCCAUUGUGUGGCAGUGCUGCAAAGAUCCAAACACUAGCUGACCAGAGAAAAAAUUCACACCAGCUGUAAUCAGGGUGCCAAAGAACAUCUGGAAAGCAGGUACAAGUAAGGGGCUGUGUCGAUGUUGAUGAUUCCAUAUUUUUCAAUGUGCUGAGCUCAAAUCCAUCACCCGCUGGUUAUCUGAUCUAUUAAUAUGAAUCCAAAAUGACAACUUGUAAUGCUAUUUUAUUUUAAAAUAUUUUUAUCAAAUGAUCUCAAAGUCUAUAUUAAGAUAACCCAAACUACACAUCCCUGUUCAUUUGGCCAACAACAAAGGCCAGAGACUCCCAAAGAAACCAACAGCUGGAGCAGUGCAUUUUUUGGGAGGAGGAUACAUUCCCCAAUACUACUUGUUCUUUAGUUAGUGGUUGUGGCCAAAAAUCUUCCUCUUGCCAUGACAUUCAUCCUGGAAGAAAGUACUACCUCCCUUGUUCUUCUGCCUGGUGUAUUGCAAAUGUUCUUUGAGGACAACUGUUUUCAGGUUCAAGAUGGAAGCAACGUACCCAUUACCAGCUUUACAUGUGUUAGAGAACAUGACUGUUUCAACAACCUAACACAGCAGUACCAACAUUGUGAGGACGACCACUAUUGGGAUGAAGCAAAUAACAGAUAAUGGCUUUCCAUACUGCAAAUGUGCACUGAUGCUGAGUAAUUUCAAUUAUUAGUUAUAUUCAUAAAUGCAUAUUAAGGAAUUAUGUGACAAGUUUUUCUACAUUUCUGCAGUUUAUGCCAGGUAUGGGGAACAGAUGUGGCUAAGUUUCCAGUUUUCAUCAAUCCUAGACAGCAUGGCCAAUGAUCAGGGGUGAAGGAGGUUUGUAAUCCAACAAUAUAUGAAGGAUCACAGGUUCCUUUACCCUGGUUUAUAGUCUGUGCUUCGCUUAAAAACAACACACACUUAAGUCUGAAGUGUUUUGACAUGUGAUUUCAGCACAGGUAAUCAAUGUUGGUAAGAGGUAUAACAUUGAUACCUUGCACUUAUAAGCAGUUAUGAUCAAUAAAUGCAUAGAUAAUUGAUAAUGCAUUUUUGUUUUUUGGCUGUUAAUAACAGAUCAAGUUGCCCAAGGGUUAUAAAUUCAUCAGGUAUUGCUAAAUACAGUGGUACCUCGGGUUACAUACACUUCAGGUUACAGACUCCGCUAACCCAGAAAUAUUACCUCGGGUUAAGAACUUUGCUUCAGGAUGAGAACAGAAAUCGUGCUCCGGUGGCACGGCAGCAGCAGGAGGCCCCAUUAGCUAAAGUGGUGCUUCAGGUUAAGAACAGUUUCAGGUUAAGAACGGACCUCCGGAACGAAUUAAGUACUUAACCCGAGGUACCACUGUACUCAACAUAUUGAAAGCAUCUUGAUAUCAAAAAGGAAACUUCCCCCAAUUUUUCAGGUUCGCCUUCAAAAUACAGGAUUUUGCAGCCCGAAUAUGAAGAACAUGCUAUUUUAAGUCUGCAUUGGCUUCCAAAACCAGUACAUGGCCCUUAGGUCCAGCAUCGUGCUUCUCAUGCCAGCCAUCAGAUGCCUGCGACAGAAAGCUGAUCAUGAAGGAAACAGUCCUGACCCCUGCGCUUUUGCACAACCUGGUUCCAGAGGUGUACUGACUGGGAACAUGAAACAUGCAAACUAUUAUUAGGCUUGGUGGAACCCAAAACAACACACUAAAUUGGGCAAGGGAGGGAAGACGGCCCCAAACUACUGGUCGAUGACUGAGCAUACUCAGUGGGCCCUGAAUGUUGAGCGAUUAUUGGGGGUGACUGAAUUGGGGGAGGGAUAUCCUGAAGAAGAACACCCCAUGCUGCAACAUUUUGUUGCAGGUCUCGCUCAUAAGAAAACUGUAAUGCAAGCGCAGGAAGAAACAGGCAGUGGAGAAACUGAUAAGACCCGAGGAGAAACGUUGCUUACUGGUUGUUCUCAUCCACUGAAGCAGGCGGGGCAGAUCCCCAGCCCGCGCACCCCGCAGCACGUUCAAAACAGCCUGGCGAGCCGAAGGGAAAUCCAUGCUUUGCCUACUGAACACACCGCGCAUGCGCCGGGAAGACCGCCCUCCCUUCACAAUCCUGACUGGCGGAAUCAAGAAACGUCAGCAAAGGCUCUGACGUCUCCGUUCGGCGGCUGAAUCCAUUUAUGUAAAACCCACCCCCCCAUCCUUGGUGGACGCAUGCGCGGAGAAGUCGCUAUGCUCAGCAGCCCUGGGAGAAAAUGAGGAAUCGCUCUCGACAAGAGAUACGCCGAGGCGCUAUGACAGACACGGCUUAACAGAGCCCCGCCCUUUACGGUGCGUGAUGGUGACGCCCAACGCCCCUUGUUGGCAAAGGGCCAGCUUUCUGAAGGUUUUCUGAUACGGUAUCCAACAGGAACGCGCGCAGUGGGUCCCCGCCCCCCACGCCAACGGUUUCUGGUUCGCACGUGCAGUUAGCAGAAACGCCCCCCCAUCAUGCGUGGCAAAAGCAUGAAAAUACAAAGUUACUUAAAAUGAACAUACGCCAACAGCGCAUUAAAUAGACUCCCUUUCAUAGAAAUAACAAUAAUGCUCUGUUUAAAAAAAAUUUACAAUAAAGGAUCCAUAUUUCUCACCCCCCCCAAAUAAAUCUGGUCACCUUGCUUAAGUUAUAAACGUCCUUUGGUUCAUCGUUUUGGGAGGGGGCCACUCUUCCAUCGUCUCCCGAGGGAAACGGAUGCCAACUAUUGUUGUUGGUGCAUAUCAAAGAACUGGUUUAUGUAUCUGGCAUGCCCUACUAUCCGUAAAUGGCUAACUCAGGAAGGACAAGUUUAAGUACGUCCUUUUAAAAAUAUCCACUGGACACAAUACAUUUAUUGUUUUCUAUCCAAGAUGAUCGUUUUCCGCCCCACUCCCCUUUCCUUUAAGUAAAUGCUUAUUUUUAACCUUUACUUGCUUAGCGUGCCAAACCAGAUCACUUAAGUAGGUGAAAUGUUGCUUCGUAAGUGUUGGAACAGGAUUAGACCGAGAACUGACAGAAGCACCGACUUUCCAAAAGCACGUUUAUAAUAUAUUCACAAGCAAUUCCUUAUUGGGUUUAACAGCGAUUUGCAGUUAGUUCACACUCGCUUUUUUUGAUAGCUAGACGCUUGAUUUAAAACAAACAAACAAAAAACAGCGACCCUUAAGCAUUAUAUAGGUGGUUCGCAAAUAAAAUUAAAAUCCUCAUAGUUCGUUCAUAAAGAUUAAAGCCAGAUGACGCACAUCAACAUUUGAUGGGGCAAACUGCUUUCGUCCUCACACUUAAGAGGUCAACAUACCAUUUCCUUUCUGCUUAUUUAUUUCAUAAAACACAUGCACCGCUGGAUCGUAAAAAACAAAACAAAACUUUAAAGCGGUUUAUCAAAGACAAAAAGUAAAACUAAGACAAAUUUUCAACCCUGCUUUAAAACAAAACAAAAUACUAAAACAGAUUAGAAGUCUAAAACCCCUGCUGGACAAUUGCUCUAAAGCUCUGAAUCGAAAGGAAACCUCUCCAACCCCGCCUGCGCCCUACGGACGUGCAGUACCCUCCCUCCACCUCUGCACUCACUGGCGCACGCAUGGUUUCAAUACCCGGACUCAUAGUGGGCGGGGUCUUAUAAAUGCCCCGGAAGCGGAAGUGCGCGCGGGGUGUUUCCCCCCUUUUUUGUGUGAGAGGCUGUUAACUUCGCAAGCUGCGUGUAGUGGUGACGUGACAUUCUUCCCGGUUAUGUUGUGGGAGACUGGAGGGGACGGUGCUCGUUACCGGUGCUGGGCCUGAGUUAACGGCUUCGUGAGGGCUUCCUGUCGCGCGGCUCUCGUCGCGGGGCCGGGCCAGGCCGCCGCCGCCGCUUUAGAGGCAAAAGGAGGGGGGAAGCUGCUGUUCUGGGUGAGUCUUGUGAUGGGGCGGGUGGCUGCCCCGCUUGGGUGCGAAUAAAAACUUGGCGCUCCUUUCUGGGUUCUGCCCAGCUGUUGCCCUGGAUCUCUCCAAACUUCAGGGCUGUGGGCAGCUUGGCUUGGGAGGAGAUCGCCGGGUGGUGUCUUGGUGAGGUGAAACUUGCUUUUGCGGCGAGGCCAAAAUUCCUCAGUCUGAAUCGGGCGAGACAGUUGUUGCUUAAGCCCUCGGCGGCCUUGCUGUAUAAUCUCGAAGCUUUUCUCCGUAUGUAAUCCCAUAUGCUCGUUAUUUCUCAUUCCGCGCGAUGUAGGGCUGUUCAAAACAGAUUCUGAUCCUCCAUUCAGAUUAACAACGACAUAGUUCAAAGGACCACAUUAAAAAAAAACCUCCGUGAAAGUGCAAAGUACAACACAAAUACUCAUUUUUUUAACCAAAAGUAUUCAGUUGGGAAAUUUGUGUGUGCAGUGGCUUCCCAGUGACCUUUUAAAAAUAUAUAACUUGUGAAAUGCAGCAGCUUUUCUUUUAUAUAGGUUUAAACCAUCUUGAGAAAUGUUAUAUGUGAAGUGGCCCCGAGUUGUUUGGUGUAUUUGAUCAGCUGUUAAAGUUUUUGAGCUACAGUUUGUUUUUUUGUUACCUGUGAAAUCAAUGGCUAGUUCAACUAAAAAAAUCCUGUAUGUGUGUAGAUUAUUUAAAACACUUCAAUUUUCUAUCACAUCCGUGACUCCAAGGCAGCUCACAAGACAUAAUAAAAGCAAUCUGUUUACAGUGAAAAUAAAAAGUAUAGCCACUGGUAGUGCAGUUGUAAAUGAGGUUGCUUAUAAUUACGCCUCUCUAAGUUUGUUGGAACAUACUUUCUACUAAGUGUUUUUAAGAUUGUAGUCCAAGAAAAUAGUACUGUAAAUAAUUCCAGGUCUCCUCCUUUAUUCUGGGAACACUUAAGCUCUUUUAGUUUGCAAUAGUAUGCUAAUACUUACCUACUAAAAGUAACAACCCCAUCUUUAGUACCUUUUUGGGAGCUCCAGUGUGGUGCCAGCAGGUGCAACAGAAUUUUCCUCCCUCCAUAUCCAGCCCUCCCUCCACACAGAGAGAGCGAGCUCUGGGGCAAGCUGCAGGUGGGGCGGAGAAUAAGUCCCAUUUUCACAAGCAGACAUCCAUUGUGUAAGUGGGACACCACAAUUAGAUAUCACAUUUGCAGGUAUCAGGAGGUGUCAGUCAGCAGGGAACUAAGUCAUAAAGAAUUAGUGUGAUCCAUGGAGGUUGUUGCUGGUUCUUUUCACUAGAAGGUAUAGUGGGUAGGUGCUGAACUAGCUACCUGGAGGUAAAAGUAGAGAUGAACUGGGAGCUUUGCUUCCUUCUGCACUGACAUAUUUUGCCAGUUUAACCAUAUGUUUCCCUCAUGAGCUGAACAAAUUAAGAUGAUCUGCACUAGAGGUAAGGUUGCACAUUUUUUUACCUUUCAGUUUCAAUUUCUGCUGCUGGUGAUAAGGGACUCUUACAAAUACUGUUCUGAACUAUUAAGGAAAUGCAAGUCUUACUGGUUUUUUAACAUUUUUGUGGAGUCCAUUUCUACUCUCUGGUGAACUUGUGCUCCCUGUCCCCUCCCUAGUGCCAAGAUUAAAAGGAAAGUGUGGUUUGGCUCCUUGGUUGCUGAAGUUUGUUAAACUCUUUCCUACAAAGGAGGAUGGCAGGAGCUUCCUUGGCUGUUUUGAGGCCAAUGGGUCUGGAGCACCACAAAUGCACAGCCGGACUAAGGCCACAGUUUUUGGCUUAUCUAGCAAAACUCUGUAAACAAAGGCUGGUUACCAAUCCCAGCCAGUUUUUAUGUUUUCUGGUUAUACAGUUAGCAUAGACUAGUUUCUUUGAUUUUUCAUAAUAAAUGUUAUUGAAAAGACUUUAAAAACCGCACCAAAAUAUUGCUUAAUUCAAAUGGUUAAAAAACCCCGACAUUGCUGUGAUAUAUUUUAAAUUAAGCAACUAAAAUUGAAUCAAAUUUGUAUCUACUUUUAUACAUAAAAGUAAUCAGUUAAAGUAAGAUGCAGUUGCAGUAAACCUAAUUUGAUGAGUUUGUUUUAGGUUAUGAAAUGUUUCCCAUUAUCUCUGCUAAUGUCUGCCAUUUUAAGCAUGAUGUUUAGCCUUUAAUUAGACAGUCCAAAACAAAGAAGCUUAUCUUUGGCUACUAUUCCAUACACAAUAACUUGGGAGUAACUCUUAACUCAAUAUAGCAAGACUUACUUGUGACAAAAUAUGCAGAUAAUUAAGGUAAUACAGAAUGAAGACGUUGACCUAGUGUGUGGCAGCUGUGAAAAUGGCAAAUUCCACACCAGGCAUAAUUAUACAUAUACAAAUAUUUGGUGUGAUCACAUUUGAAACACUGCGUACAGUUCUGCUUGCCUCACUUCAAAAUGGAUAUUGUAGAACUGGAAAAGUUUUGAAACAAAAACAAGAGGAUGGAGCAACUCCCCUAUGAAGAAAGGCUGCGGUACAUGAGACUUUUUGGUUUAGAGAAAAGGCAGGCAAGAGGUGACAUGAUAGUUUAUAAAAUGAUGCAUCAGCUAGAGAAAAUGGAUAGAAAAAAGUUUUUCUGCCUCUCUGAUAAUACUAGAACUUGUUGACAUUAAAGGAAGCUGAAUAUUGGAAGAUUCAGGACAGGUAAAAGAAAUUACGGCCUCAUGCAGCACAUAGUUAAUCUAUGGAACUUACUCUCACAUGAGGAAGUGAUGACCAACUUGGAUGGCCUUAAAGGAGAAUGAGAGAAAUUCAUGAAAUAUAAGGGUAUCAGUUGCUACUAGCCUUGAUGGAAACAAUAAUGCUUCUGAAUACCAGUUGCUGGAAACUGCAGGAAGGGAGAGUGCUCGUUUAUGGAUUUUCCACAAGCAACUGUUUGGCUACUGUGGGAACAGGAUGCUGGACCAGAUGGGAAUUGGCCCGAUCCAACAAGUACUUACGUUCUUUGGCAUGAGUAAUUUGAUUGCUCAGGUUAAUUUGUGGGUUGUGUUAACUUAUGAUUCCUUUACUCUUGAAAAUUGAUAUAGCUGUAACAUUGGGCUUUGCCAGUAGUAGAUUUGAAUACUUGAUGCAUAAUCCAGAACUUGUUUAAGCAUUCUUCAUUCCCAUAGGAAAAUAUGCUAUUACCUUUCUCACAGUUUGUAUCCAUAGUCCAUCAUUUAUCUAGUAAAGCUGAGUAACCUAGAUAGCUUUCGUUGUUUCCUUUCUUAAGAUUUGAUUCCUCUCACAUUACCUGUUCUCAGAAAUGAAUAUAGUCUUUUAGCUGAGGCACAACGCAGGUUGGGGUCCAAAGAACUGCAUUUAUUCCUGUGUGCCCACAAAGGCUUUAGGUAUGUUUCUGCAAUAGCAUUUCCUAAUGCUGCAAACCACUUUUGAAAUAGAGGAAGCUCUCGGAGUAGUCUGAUCUUUAUGCAGUGCAGGUGGGGGCCUGCUGUUGAAAGGAAAGAUACAAAUCCCACUUGAAUAUGAUCACAGCCUUUGGAUCCUUGCAGAAUAAUCUGUUCUUUAAAGAAUACUAGUUGACAUUGGAAAAAAAUAGUUAGAAAAUGUUCGAGAAAGUUAAAUGCAUUUCAAAUGUGCGCUACAGUCCCAUCCAUGUAUAUUCAGAAUUCAGCCUAAUUGAUUUCAGUGGGACUUGCAAGUGUGUAUAGGUUUGCAGUCUAAAUGUUCUUGAUCUGGUGAUUAUGGAAGGUUUAUCUUUUGACAAAAGGAAGCUUAGGAAACUCAACAGAACUUAUCUUUCUGUGCAGCUAUAAAUUUUAUAUAAACAUUGAAGCAUUAAAUAUUUGCAUAAUUUAACAUGCAAAAUAUGAUGGCUGUAAUUGUUCAACAUGUUAACUCUAUGAAAAAAUCAAAAUAUAUUAGUAGGAACAAUUUUCAGAGCAUGUUUCUAUCUCAGUACCUUGUUGAUUAGCUUUGUUCUUUUGUACCACACCUUUUAAAAAAUCUUUAUGUGCUACUUCUAAAAAUAUUUUAAUGUUCAUAAUACUGAAAGUUUAGUUCUCACAAGGGACAAUAUGUCAUUGAUAUUUUAAUGUUUCUUUUACAGAUCAUAUUUGAGUUGUCUUUGAAGUUGCCAAAAUGGUUUUAGCAGAUCUUGGGAGAAAAAUAACCUCAGCAUUGCGCUCUCUGAGCAAUGCUACAAUUAUCAAUGAAGAGGUACGUAGCAUUUCCAUAUGUGUUGUAAUGAUGAUAGUUAACUAGAAGGUAAGAAUUAUCUCUUCACAAUCAAAUUUGGCUUUGGAAGAAAAUGGCCCAAGCUUAAAGUAAUAAGGUUAAAUUUGUACAUACUAUAUCAUGAAACACGUGAGAGCUGCUUAAAACAUACUGUGUGGCAGCUGUGGCAACUAAUUAACUGAGACUUAAUUUGUAUUGUUGGAAUGGUUGAACGACAACCUUCUACUACAAAUGUAAUUUACUUUGAAACACUGGAUUAACAAAAUUCAGGACGUUAACAUUUUCUGAAUUGUCUUUGUUUUCUCCUUACAAGGUUUUAAACGCUAUGUUAAAAGAAGUAUGUACAGCAUUACUGGAAGCUGAUGUCAACAUUAAGUUAGUGAAACAACUGAGAGAAAAUGUCAAGUAAGUGAUCCAACCAAGAUAACAUAAAGAUGUACAAUUUUCUGCAGUGAUUAUCUUUGCUUGCUUGUGUCUUGAGAGAGCCAUGGGUGACUUCUUCAUACUACUUAAUUAAUACCCAACUUAAAUCAGUUCAAUUUCUAGUUUCAGAGGAAUAACUGAUGUCUCAAUAAGUGCUCUUCUGACAUAGCUUAUCUGCCCCACACAAAUUGAAGUACAAUCAUUGUAAAAAAUAUGGGGUAUUAUACAACUCUGCCCAUAUGCAAAUGGAACAGACUUCCUCUUGUGCAACAAUACUUCUCCAUCCUCUCCUCCCAGCAGUGCACCCUCAAAAUCUGCUCCAGAGAGUUGGGAGCGUUGGGGGUGAUGAGCCUCCAGGGCAGAUUUAGAAUGUGAGUAUAUGGCUGCAGAUGUGGUGCUAGGGAGAAGUCUUGUUCCACAAGUAGAAGUUUGCCUGUUGAAUUCUGCCUGUAGUAACUCUGUUAUAAGUAGUCCUAACAUCCAGGACCUUCAGAAUAAUGCAAGAUACAGCACUUCUAUAACAAAUUGAUUGCUGGGAGGGAAGGGUAGGAGACAUGAGUAGCUGUAUGUACUUCUGGGCAAGCUGCCAAGAGCGAACUGAAAUAGCAAGCUGGAAUCCUGCUUGCAAUGAAAUUUACUUGGUGCAUGGAAUACGUAUGACUGACAUAUGAAAGGUGUUAGUUGUUUUAUAUGUGGAUGAGCAAAACACUAUUCUGAAUACACAAAUGUUUUUGCACAAAAGUAUACGAUAUUGAUUAUCUGUCCAUCUUUACUUGAUUGACAUUAACAUUAUUGUUCUAUUAUUUAUUAUAUUUGUUAUUCACAAAGCGACAUGCAUUCAAACCAGUUCAAACAAACACAAAUAAUGAAAAUCUAAAAACAGUUACAGUAUAUGGAUAAAGCAUAGGUCUUACAGAUCCUACCCCACAAAAAAGGGUCAAAAGGCCUGAAAAUGAGUAAAGAGGAAAGUCUUUGCCUAUGCCUAAAAAUAGAUAAACAUGACACCAGGCAUGCCUCCCUGUAAAAGCCACCACUGAGAAGGCCUGUUCUUAUGUUGCCAUUCUUCAUGCCUCCUGCAGAGUGGGCACAUGAUGAGUAGCUGUUACUGAAAAUUGUAGGGAGAGGGGGUCUUUGAGUAAGUUUGAUAACUCCAUGCUCCUAAACAUGCUCUUGGAUGCAAUUCCCAUUGAAUUUAACAUAACAUUUCUGUUGUAUUGCUUUUGAUCUUGUAUUGCUUAUUUUCUGUUUGAACUAUAGAUCUGCUAUUGAUCUUGAAGAAAUGGCUUCUGGCCUAAAUAAAAGGAAAAUGAUUCAACAUGCUGUCUUUAAAGAACUUGUUAAGGUAAAAUAUAUUAAAUAGUAGUACACUUGGUUUUUCUAAUCCAUAUGUUGCUUGCUUUAAUACAGCCUAGCACUCAAGGUUUCCUUCUUUUUUUGAUCAAACAUUCCUUGUUUCUACCUCACAUUCUCAUAUGAAGGUUGUUGCCACAUUUCUAUAUGAAUAUUGAGUGACCAUUGCCAUUCUAAUUGUAGGUAUGUGCAAUCUUGGUAAGACAUUGUCAGGGGACUGCCAUCGGAACAGGGGAGGGGGGCAGGGGAAUACAGAGAGCCUCCAAUGCUUCUGAGGAGCAGCUCCUCGUUCAGCUGUGGGGAAAGCCACACCUCCAGUGGAGCAGAGAGGGAAGGGGGCAGCCAAGCAAGGAGAGGGCUCGAAGAUGCUGCUGGGAGGCAGGCAUGCCACUUCCGUUGCUCAGCCUGUGCAGGGGUGAAACGCAAGGAGGGGAGGCAGAGAUUUGGGGUGUCUUAAGUUUUUAUGUUGGGGGAGAAGCCAGAAGAGGCCACUCCUGGAUUCUGCAAGUGACUAAGAUGGACAUGAACUUGUUGGUUCUGCACUGUAAAUAGUUUGCACCAAUGCAACCUGUAAAAGACAGGUCGGAGUCCUGCCUGGUUACUCAUGAGCAACCACCACUCGCAUCUGACAGACAUAAAACAACAAUGGUUAUGGGACAUCUUUAUACUACAAUGCAGAUUUUAUUCUUACUCAUUUUACAUAUUUCUUUCUACUGCAGAAGCUAUAAUCUUAAGCAUUGUGUUACAUGUAUUGCAAUAAUCUGUUGAGUGGAGUAGCUUGUUAGCCAGCAUUGGCGAGAUCUACCUUUUAUACAGUUGACAGUGGCUCAAAUUAAUACCAAACCAAAGUUUGUGCUACCUCCGUUUUAGUGUGGUGGUUAUAUUGACAAAACUGUAGUUACAGCAAUUGCUCUGCUUCUGGAGUCUAUUGUGCACAGAAGCAACAGUGCUUAGCAGGUGCGGAGGAAAGACAAAUGGUUCUAAUCAGUGGCUUGCCUGCACAUUUGGGAGCUGAAAUUAUGGCUGGUUGACUUCCAGACUAUGAUUAGCUUGAACUGUGAUUAAGUGUGAUGUCCAAAAGGAGCAAUGGUAUAGUUUAAAUGAAUAACUGGAUUUUAUACCAAUUGUAUAGCUAGAAUACCCCAGUUGAGAGUACUGCAAAAGCAGGUGUAUGUGCUGUUCACCUGACUUCACAGUGGGGUGAUGAUUGUAGGGACAUUAGUGCACCAUGCUUGCAAAGAAACACUGCUUCAAAGACUUCAAGCCCGUUUUCUCCAGGGAUUGGUGGCGUGUUAGUCUCACAGCUGAUCCUGCUGUGUCUCCACCAUCUCUGCAUGUGAUGUCAUAUAUGGGGAGCAGGAGGGGUGAGGUGGGGAAUGUGACCUUUUGGGAGAAAUUGGGACCUGUGCUGGGCCAGAGUUUACCCACCCCUGUCUUAAUGACUGUAAGGAUGGUCUUGUUAAACUUGUUCACUGGCACUGGUUUGUAUCACUGCUAGGUAAUUGGAGGGGUUUUGAGUGGCACAGAACUGGGCAAUGUUACCAUUUACCGUUGUUUUACUUUGAUUUCCAAGAAAGCAUCCAUGAUGCUGGAAAAAUAUAUUAAAUCUUCAAGCAAAACUGCACACUGAAAAUCUUAUGUGUUACUGUGAUUCUGAAGCUUUGCUUCGUAGCACACAUGUAUACUUUUUGCUUUAUAGCUCGUAGAUCCUGGAGUAAAAGCCUGGACACCAACAAAAGGAAAACAGAAUAUCAUAAUGUUUGUAGGGCUACAAGGAAGUGGCAAAACAACAUCAUGUUCAAAGGUAACUUGCAUUCUUCAUAAUAUUUAAUAUAGACUGUUUGCUUUCAGAUAGACAUUUGUGACUAUGAACAAAACUGAACUAAAUUUUAGGGGUGCAUUCAGGUGUUACGAAGCAAAAUCUUUCUUGUAUAAAGAAUUUGCCACAGAUAGAUCUCUGGGACUUUGAGCUUAACUACUUUUGAUUGAAUCUAGACCUUCUGGUCCAUGAACAGAAAGGCUUCUUUCAUUUCCAAAAGGAAUGCUGAUCCAGUGGAAGCUUCUUCUUGAAGAGGGGAAGACAUGACAUUCAUCAGUUUCCAACAUCUCUUUGCAGCCACUAGCAUGACUAUUACCGUUUAAGAAGGUCUCUUAGCACUGGAGUGGCAUCUAGUUAGUGUGUUCCUCUCUGGUCAAGGAUGGAUCUAAUCCUAUCAUUGCAGGAGAUCAUAAAAUGAAGGUCACUUUUGUUGUCCUUUUAUAGAGUCUACAUCUUGUACAUAGCCAUACCUUGACAAGACUUGAAAAUAUUGGCAUAUAGUGCAAGCCACCUGUCACUGCAUGGCAGUAAAACUUCACUGUAAAUGUCAUAUAAAGGCAGCAGAACCCAUAUCUUCUGCAGCUCAGGGUUCUGCCCUAAGAGCUUACAAAUGUAAGCAAGUCUGAAAUGAAAGAACCUUACUGUUCUCAUGCACCAUAUUGAUUAGCUUUACAGUGGUGCCUCGCAAGACGAAAUUAAUUCGUUCCGCGAGUUUUUUCGUCUAGCGAAUUUUUCGUCUUGUGAAGCAGGAAAUCCCAUAGGAAUGCAUUGAAAUUCAAUUAAUGCGUUCCUAUGGUCAAAGAAAGUCCAAACAAAGCCAAAUUUGGUACAACAAGAGUUUAUUAAGUGCUCUUUAAAGUCACACCCACCACACAGAAAUUCAAAUCCAUAAUUUUUUUUAAAAAACAGCAGAGUGGCCCAAUGGUCACAGAAAAUCAUAAAAAUUCAGAAAAAAACCACACAAGCUUCCAGAUUCUUGCAAACCCCUUCUCAACACCAAGUCCUUGAAUUCCAAACACCCCAACCCAAAAUCCAAAAACCCCAAAAAAAGUUUUAAAAGUUUAACUUACCAAAUGGCUGCAAAAGAAGUUUUGGAAAAGCUUCAAAAAUCACCAAAGUCUUUAAAAACCUCAAAAAAGGCUACCACACCGCGUUCUAUGAGUUGCUCCUCGAAGUCAAGUCGCAACUGUAUUAACGGUGUUAAGAAAAAGGAAACAAACUUGCAAGACGUUUUCGUCUUGCGAAGCAAGCCCAUAGGGAAAUUUGUCUUGCGAAGCAGCUCAAAAAACGCAAAACCCUUUCGUCUAGCGAGUUUUUCGUCUUGCGAGGCAUUCGUCUUGCGGGGCACCACUGUAAUUGCUCUUGUGCCACAAGGCCCAUUUUGGUCUUCCUAUUGGGCACUGAAAACUAAUGAAAACAUGAUGUAAUGUUCUUGAGAGUUCUUAAUACUAAACUUGACACUAUCAUUACAUCUUUGGAUUUUUUAUUAACAGUUGGCAUACUACUACCAGAGGAAAGGCUGGAAGACAUGCUUGAUAUGUGCAGAUACUUACAGAGCAGGUAAAAUACUUUCCCCCCAGCGAUUUCAUUUUCACUAGAUGUGCAUAUUCUACAUGGCUAACAAAUACUGUCUGAAUUCUACAGGUGCUUUUGACCAGUUAAAACAGAACGCAACAAAAGCAAGAAUUCCAUUCUACGGCAGGUAUGUAUCUUUAACUAAGAUCUGUUGCAAAAAUUAUGUUAUCAGAUUCUGAAAUGAUAUUUGAAGAACAAUAUUAGUCAAUGUGCUGCCCCCAAGAUGAAGUUGUUUCAAACUCCCAUCACCCCUGACCCUUGGCUAUGUUGGCUGAGGCUGAUGGCCACAACAUCUGGAGGGCAUUUUUAUAUAUAUAUGUAAAGCUAGAAUUUAACUAUUUCACUCUUUCUGAUUUUUAAAGUACUUCUCAUGGCUGUGAGCGAAGCUUAGUAACUUGGAAUCAAUGUCUUACAUCCAGAAGGAAGUCAGUUGGUGUUUCAGUAACAGGACCUUAGCCUAACUUUGUUUCCAAGCCUGCGUUCAUUGCACUGGCACUCAUAGUGCACCCAGUGUGCUCGUUCCUUUUCCUCUACUGUUACAGGCUGAAAUUUAACGUGUGUGUGCAUUUGUGUGUUGGGGCGGGGAUUGUAAACCAGUCAAUAACUUGCUUUGGAAAUGAGUUUGAAAACAUUUGAUUGUGCACAGAAAAUUUGCAGACUCUUAGUGUCAUAGGAAAUAGUCUAGAAUAGCAGUGGUUGGUGAAGCAGUUCACGUGUGGAAGCAGUGAGCUGCUUCAGUGAGGCAGUGAAGGGCCAAGGAAGCCCUUCCUUACUGAGUGUUGGGCUGUGUCAGCACCAUGCAAGCAGGCUGCUGAUAGCAACAGUUUAUGCUGUCUGCUUGACAACUACAUACUUGCACUGUGGCUGCUGGGACACCUGCUGACUAUAGGAAGGAGGAACUCUUCCCCCUCACGCAGUGAUAGGGGUGUUUCCUGUCAGAGAACCAUCUCGUUGAAAUCUGCUUGGUAACAUUGUCCAUGUAACUGAAGCAUGUGUGUUCCUGUUGGAACAGUUACACAGAAAUGGAUCCUGUGAUCAUUGCAUCAGAAGGUGUUGAAAAAUUUAAGAAUGAAAACUUUGAAAUAAUAAUUGUCGACACAAGUGGUCGUCACAAGCAGGAAGACUCACUCUUUGAAGAAAUGUUACAAGUUGCCAAUGCCAUAGUAAGUAUUGUACACAAUAGCUUUAGUUUUGACAACCGUGCUAAAAUUAGUCAUGCUGAAAUCCUGAAGUAUGUACUGCCUUAUCAGAAUGAAUCCCUAGAUUCAGUGGGGCUUACUCUUUAGUAAGUGUACACAGGAUUGCAGAUUUUGGGUCUGUUCAUAACAUAGGGCAAAUCAUCAUGAACAAUUUUUGCUUUUUGGGCCAGGGACUGUUUUGAAGGGCCCAACUCAAAGUGCUGGUUUUGAGCUAUAAAGCUUUUAAGUGGCCAGGACCACAAUAUUUCAAGGACUGCCUCUUUCCAUACGAACCUACCUGGACCUUGACAUCAGUUUCUGAGGCCCUUCUUCAUGUGCCUUCUCCACGAGAGGUCCAGAGGGUGGUGAUACGAGAAUGGGCCUUUUCUGCAGUGGUUCGCCAUCUGUAGAAUGCUCUGCCCAGGGAGGUUCGCCUGGCACCUUCAUUAUAUACCUUUAGGUGCCAGGCAAAAAUGUUUCUCUUUAACCAGGCCUUUGGUUGAUUGGUAUCCUAUACCCUUUUAAAAUGUGUUGGGGGGUGGUUAUUGGGUUGUUUUUGUUUUUAUUUUGAUUAAAUAUUUUGUGUUUUUAUAUUUUGAUUUUAUCCUGUGAACCGGCCUGAGGCCGGAUAUAGGACAGUAUGCAAAUUUAAUAAAUAAUAGUUAUAAUAAUAAUUGAAGGAGUCAUAAAAUGGAGUCCCUCAACUUGGUCUCUCUUUGAUGAUCCAGAUCUAAUACAGAGCUAAAUAGACUGAUGCUGGGCUAUAUUUAUGCAGACUAUUACCGAUAAGUCUGGUAUAUGUUGCAGAUGCAUGAUUUUAAUGGCAAAACAAUCCUAUUAGUCAUGCUGAACUAGCUUUUGAGGGCACUGUAAACCUUCCAACUUUUAAAAGUUCAAAAUUUUAGGAAAUGUUAAACUGGGCCUCCAUAUUAAAAUUAAGAUCACAAUAAUUAUUGGUUAUAAGUAAUUAUUAGCAUUGUGUAGUUCUGCAAAUGAUUUGUCUUCUCCUUUGAUAACAUGCAAAAAUGGUAAAACGCUUUCCUGCGUGUUUUCUUUAUACUUGCUGAUAUAAAAGCAGUUGGAAAGAGAGAAAUUAAUUAUUUGCUCUUGCUUGUGUAAAUACUUACAGCAACCAGACAAUAUUGUUUAUGUGAUGGAUGCCUCUAUUGGUCAAGCCUGUGAAGCUCAAGCAAAGGCUUUCAAAGAUAAAGUUGAUGUUGCUUCUGUCAUUGUAACAAAACUGGAUGGCCAUGCAAAGGGAGGUGGGGCACUCAGUGCGUAAGUAUAUUUUCACUUAAUUAUGGAACUAAGUAGCACUGCAGUGACUGUAAAUAGCUGAGUACAGUAAAACUGUUCAGAAAGUAAUGCUAAUCCUUUGCUUUGGUAAUAUUAUUUUGAAGAACCUUAUUUUCCCUCAAGGGGAAAUUAAGAGUAAUUGCCACCUCUUGUUACAUUGGGGCGUGAAUGUUUGGCUCUAUGCUAAACUAUCUCUAAUAAUGUGGAAUCCAUUUUUCAAGCAGCAGAAUCCAGUGACUUAAGUAUUGUGAUGAGGCUACUUUAUCUAUUCUUUAAGCAUAAAUAAAUUUAAGUAGGUUUAUGCUGUAUCCACUGUGAUUUGGCUCACAAUUUUUAAUGACGUUUUUCAAAUUCAGAAUGAUAAAUUUUAUUUAAAAUCCAUCUUGCACACUAGAAUGCUCUGUGUUGAAUUGACUUAUAGUUGACUUUGUCCUUCAUUGCAGAGUGGCUGCCACUAAAAGUCCAAUCAUUUUUAUUGGUACUGGAGAACAUAUAGAUGACUUUGAACCUUUUAAAACACAACCCUUCAUCAGCAAGCUUCUUGGUAUGUAUUAAUUGCUGAUAGGACCAAAAAAAACACACCUCUUUAAAAAUAUAUUCUUCAGUGUGUUCAGAUUAUUUAAAAAUCUCAUAUGGUUUUUAUUUUAGCUCCUGAAGAUGCCUUUUUGUAUUACAGGUAUGGGAGAUAUUGAAGGACUGAUAGAUAAAGUAAAUGAAUUGAAAUUGGAUGACAAUGAGGCACUCAUAGAGAAAUUAAAACAUGGUAAGCUGUGCCAAAAGUAUUACUAAUACGCUGUGUAACAGCUCAAAACACCUACUCAUAAGUGUAUUUUGGAAUGAUUGAGUGUAGCAACCUAAUUUUUUUAAAUGUAACUAUUUAUCGUUGACUCCCACUUCUUUUGCACUUCAGGUCAAUUUACUUUAAGAGAUAUGUAUGAACAGUUCCAAAACAUCAUGAAAAUGGGACCCUUCAGUCAAAUCUUGGUAACUAUGGCUGAAACUUGUUCUCUUUUGCAUUCUGAUAAGAUUCUUUUUUCUCCUGAGUUCAGAAAAUUCUGCGCUAAAACAUUAAAAUUCAGUCUGAACUCAAAUGCUACAUAUAUUCGAAAAUGGCAUUUAAUAUUUACUUUUAACUGUUGUAGGGUAUGAUCCCAGGUUUCGGAACAGAUUUUAUGAGUAAAGGCAACGAACAGGAAUCAAUGGCAAGGCUAAAGAAACUGAUGACAAUAAUGGACAGUAUGAAUGAUCAAGGUAAAGUUUCCUACAUUUGAGCAACUGAGUGACCGAUGUGUUGAAGUGUACUUACUACAUUGUCUGAAUAAAAGCCUAAAUGAAUUAUACCUAAUCUUUACUGUUUAUAAAACUAAAAUACCAAACUAUUAGUAUAGAAUUUUGAGUGGUUGCCCUUCUAAAAAACCUGUAAUUGACUCAUCAGCAUUUUAACAGUGUACAAUAAAUUGUUUAUUUUCCCAUGGCUUCUCUAAUGUAGAACUUGAUAGUACAGAUGGGGCCAAAGUUUUCAGUAAACAACCAGGAAGAAUCCAAAGAGUAGCAAGAGGUUCUGGUGUUUCAACUAGAGAUGUUCAAGAACUCCUGACACAGUACACAAAAUUUGCACAAAUGGUGAAAAAGAUGGGAGGCAUAAAAGGACUUUUCAAAGGUGAGAGUAAUUACAGUUGCAUGGCUUUCAUGUUCUCCAAUUUAGUCAGUUGCAUAACUUUAGAAGCCCCAAUUCUGGACCAAUUGUAAAAACAAAUAAUGUUUUGUUCUUAUGAAUUCCCAUGUUAAAAAUAGAUUACAUGAGCAUCACCAUGUAGCGAAGCUGUAUGUAAAUUUGGAUUUAAAACAUCAUUUUCAUAGACAUGUCCUGUAAAAGUCACAAACAGUAUUUUUCUACUUCCCUUGGAAUCACUUCAGAGAAUUGUGUUUGACCCUGUUUAAGAGAUGAAGCUGAAACUUGUGGUAGAGAUAAUAGGUCUUGAUUGUAUCUCUGAAAAGAAAGCAGACUUUUCUAAUGAGACUAUGAUUCAUUGUUUUGUUUAAUAAAUUUGUAUACCAACCUGCAGCCGAAGAUCACAGGGCAGUUCACUGAUGUGGUAUUGGAUUCAAAUGUCAUAUUUUUCCAUGCUGUGGAGGCUCAAUGGUCUUUGCUUAAAAGUGUUCCAAACUGUGGGGGAAAGGAGCAAUCUAUAGACAAUCAAAUAAGUUUUAACAGUGCUGUACAAUGCCAGACAGUCAAGCCAGUUCUCUAGAGUGAAUAAGCAUGAUUUCUAGCAAUAGUGAGAUUACUGACUUUUCUUGUGCACUUCUCUAAAAUACACAACUGCCAGCACACUAAGAGAAUAAACACCAUGUAAUGUUUCUGAUGGGUUUGUCGUUUCCCUCUCCCCUCCUCCUGUUUUUCCACCCCUUUAAGGAGGUGAUAUGUCAAAGAACGUAAAUCCAUCCCAGAUGGCAAAAUUGAACCAACAGAUGGCAAAGAUGAUGGAUCCCAGAGUUCUUCAUCAUAUGGGUAAUUUUUAUCCCCCCCCCCCCGCUUACUGUAGGAGGCUAACAAAAUAGGUACACCAUGUAAUUUAACAACUCUAUUUUAAUUCUCAUAUUUGCCUUGCCUUGGAAUGCAACUGUCUUGAUAAGAAUUCUAAAGUACUUUCAGGCCUAUGGUUAUGUAGUUAUGUUUCAAAAUUUAAAGGACAGUUCGAUUGUUAUUGCCAAAUUUCAGUUUCUCUGCAGAAGGAAUGAUGGAAAAUAUCUAUCAGUAGCAUAUUGGUGCCAGAUAUCAGUGCUAAGGACAUAUUGUGGGGUUCAAACAGUUUGAAACUGAAUUUUUCCUCUUAAAACAAAUUGGAGCAGAAGUAGACAGCUAUUGCCUUCCAUCAAUUUUUAAUAGAGCUCAUUUAGCAACUGUUAAAUGAGAGCUUGUGCUACCAGCAUUAGCACACACCUAUGCUUAAUACAUUUUGUUCUGUUCUAAGCUAUCCCUUCCAUGCUGUAUUCCCUGUGGAAUCUUCAUUCUUUUUUGUCUUUGAAGAGCAAUACAUAUCACAGCAUGCUAUGAAAAAUUGCCUGUUUGCAAUAUGACACAAAGGGCUUCUGUUGGUUAAAUGCUAGCCAAAAGUUACAUUACACACACUGAACUAAUUGUGCAACUCUUUGGAUUCCAGUUGACCGGUUCUUAUAUAAAUGUUCCAUCUUACUAGGCUUCUUCCAAACUGUAAUGUUGAAGUGUCCAUAUUUAAUAUUUCUCUUUUAUUCCAGGUGGCAUGGCAGGACUGCAGUCAAUGAUGCGGCAGUUUCAACAAGGUGCUGCUGGAAAUAUGAAAGGCAUGAUGGGAUUCAAUAACAUGUAAAAAGCCUUAAUAAACUGACUUGAUUAACCAUUUGCUGGAACAUCACUAAAAGAAUGAGAUCUCCUUUUUUUACAGUGAAGGAGAAUGUUAAUGCAACAAGUGAUGCUUUUGAAACUUCAAUCUGAGAGUUUCUAGAUUUAUUUCUAGAAAGUGGUUAUAUUUUUGCUUAAAUUGGUUCUUUUCUGUUUUAAUUUUGAUGAUACAUGGAGAAUUAAGUUAAAAAUCAAAUCAUGUACAAAUUUAAUAUUUAGAGGAACUUUUUAAUUGCCUCAUGGCAGCCGUUAUAUUUGUAAACAAUUCAGAACUUUGGUUAAUACCAAUAUGUCACAAAUAUACUGUAAAAUAAAGUGGUUGUAAAUUUAAGAGUUGGGGUUUCUUUGUGACUUUGCACUGGGCUUCAGAAAUAAGCUUCUUGUAAGGGAAGUAUUGCCAGUGUUAACAUCAGAGUGCACUGAAGUGUUCUUGGAUGGCUUUUCUUGAUUGAAAUAUUUACUUUGGACAAAGAUUUCUCAAUGGAGAGAUUCUGUGCUUUUAGACCAGGGGUCCUCAAACUUUUUCAGCAGGGGGCCGGUUCACUGUCCCUCACACCUUGGGGGCUGGACUAUAUUUUGAAAAAAGUAAUAAUGAAUUCCUAUGCACACUGCACAUAUAGUAUUUGUAUUGCACAAAAAAACCCAGGAAAAACAAUACAAUAUUUAAAAUGAAGAACAAUUUUUAUCAGGCCCCACAAAUAACCCAGAGAUGCAUUUUGAAUAAAAGGACACAUUCCAUGCAAGAGCACCAAGUGGACCCCACAAAUAACCCAGAGAUUCAUUUUGAAUAAAAGGACGUAUUCCAUGCAGGAGCACCAGGCGGGCCCCACAAAUAACCCAGAGAUGCAUUUUAAAUAAAAGGACACAUUCUACUCAGGUAAGCCAUCCCCCCCCCCGACUCUCUCCUCCCUUCUCCACAGCACUGGACAAGCCCCAGUGGCUGCAUACCUGAGUCUUGUGAGCGGCAGGGGCUGGCAGCAGGGGGAUGAUGAGCGGCCCGCGAAAGGGCCCUGCAGAGGGGCUGGCAGCAGCAAAUUGUUCAAUGCUUUGAGUCAGUAGAAGGCUGCUUUUUCUGUCUCAAUGCUGUUUAGCAACUGUUGCAUUAAAACUGCCAUUUCCUGUACCUAAUGAAAUAGCCAAUUUUCUCAGAAAGCUACUUUAUAAUCCAGGCACCACAACGCUGUAUACGUGGGGGUUACGAUCGGAGACACCACACUCAUCGGUGAAAUCACUUAUAAUUGAAUCCCAUUGGGAAAAGCCUGCAAACACCCCAUUCUGCCCCACCCCACCCCUAUUCUGUCCUUUUAAUGAUGCACAAAACUUUCCUUAGCCCCGUCAGAAUCUAUUCUGCUAUUCUUUGCUUCUGCCCACAGCCACCGCCCCCCACUUUUUCUACAUUGAAAGAGAUGUCUGAAGGAUGAUGAGGCAUAUAUUACACAAAUAAUUUAUAUUGAUUUUUUUACUACUAUGUAAUUCCUUCCCUGCUCCCUGAGAACUCUGAGCUAUUUAGUGCAUAACAUUCUAUAUUUAUGCCACCUUUUCCUCCAAGGAGUUCAGCCUGGUUCUCUCUUCCUCAUUUUCUCCUCACAUCGACUCUCUGAGGUAGAUUCAGGUAGGUAGCCAUGUUGGUCUGACACAGUCGAAAUAAAAAAAUUAAAAAAUUGUCCAGUAGCACCUUAGAGACCAACUAAGUUUGUUCUGGGUACAGUGGUACCUCAGGUUACAUAUGCUUCAGGUUACAUACGCUUCAGGUUACAGACUCUGCUAACCCAGAAGAUGAAGGGAAGUUUUCUUUCUGCAGUUCUCUCACUGUGAAGUUCUCUUUCUGCAGUUCUCUUACUGCACAUGACUGUGGCAUUGUGGGAAGUCUUACUAUGAAAUCUUUCUAUGCUUACUAUGAGAACUCUUGCUUCUUUCUCUCUUACAUUCUGGGAAGUUUUUGCCUCUGCACAAGAGUCUGAGAAUGUUCUGAACAGUUCCCAUUGAGUUCAUGAAACAGUGUAUCCUGACCUGUUCUUAAUGCUUUGCUGACCACAUUUACAGAACGUGAUUGUUGUAUUCCUUCAUGUUAUGUUCUUUCAAUAUCAAUCUUUAGUUAUAAUUUAAUUAGGAGGUUUCAUGCCUGUCUAGUUCCAGCUCCGCUCCCGGUCUUUGAACUAUCAGUGAUUGAUGUCAUAUGUAAUUCCCGCCUUGUACCUAUGUUAACCAAUCAGCAACAAGAUGCUUUGUGUUUGUAUCAACCAAUCAGCCACAAGCACACCUGUGGCAAUGUUUGUAAUAUUCAAUAAAAGAGAGUUCCCGGGGCUUGUCCCGGGCAGACGUCUCUCCUUUGACACCC